CCUCAUCGAUCCACCGACCAUGGCGCGCCUGCUCCUCGUCCUCGUCCUAGCGCGGUGGCCGCGGCCGUCGCCCAACCGCUGCCCGCGUGCGCUUCUGUGGCUCCCUCGCCGUCAUCCUUGUACCGCUGCGGCUGGUGCUCGCGCCGCUCCACCGCCUCCAUCCUCCCUCCGGACGCCGGCGCCCUCACAGGCGCCGCGUGCGGAUACGGUGAUCCGGCGGAGCUCGCGGCCGACGGGGGAUUCCACAUUGCGGCCGUCGGUGCUGGAUUUUUCCGCGGCGGCCAGGCCUGCGGCGCCUGCUACCAGCUGAGGUGCAGGGACCGGAGCGCGUGCUCGGAAGGCGGCGUCAAGGUCGUCGUCGUUGCCGACGUGCCGGAGGUGAACAGAACAGCAGGCGUCGUCGGUGGCGGGAAGUUCCUGCUCAGCAAGGACGCCUUCGCCGCCUUGACUACUGCUGGUCACAGUGGCCAGCUUGCGAGCUUAGUGGACACGGCCGUCGACGUCGACUUCAGGAGGAUACCAUGCAUGUACAACAGCAAGAACCUAGCGGUGAGGGUGGAGGAGACGAGCAACAGGGACAAGGGCCACCUCGCCCUCUGCUUCCUCUACCAGGGCGGCCAGACCGACAUCGUCGCCGUCGAGGUCGCGCAGGCGGUUCUUCGUGCCGCCCAGAGCGCCGCCGCACCGUCGCCGACGCAAUGGCAGUACAUGACGCGGCGCGAGGAGUCUCCCGGGGUGUGGCGCACGUCGCGCGCGCCGGCCGGCCCGCUGCAGCUCCGGCUCGUGGUCACCGCGGGCUCCGGCGGCAAGUGGCUGCGCGCUGACGGGGCGGUCUACGACACUGGGCUGCCCGUCACCGACGUCGCCGCGCGCACAUGCAGCUGCGCCUCUGCCUCCGGGGACGACGACGAAGAGGAGUAGGAGCCCAGUUGACACGCACACGCGCGCUCGCAUCCUUGCUGGUUCCUAGUGAUCGACCGGUGGUCCAUCGGACCAGGCCUGCACGCCACCGGCCGGCCGCCGGGAAGAUGUAUGACACGCGGCACACGCGGAAAAGUGAAGAGAAACGGAGAAAGAGGCAUAACAGCGAAAAGGAACCGGAAAGAAAGGGAAGUUCGCAACGACGCCCUUAGGAUAUUCCAACCUAGACCCCUUCAUCGCCUACAACUUUUCGCCGUCGUCGUCGCCGAAGGUCCGCCGGAAGAAAUGGCGCGUGCUCCAUGAUUGUGGUUCCACCAUGACGGGCGGCCAUUGACCUCAGUAGCAAGUAGCUAGUGCAUAUAUUAAUGGGUUAUACAUAGACACGCUUGAGAAUUGAGAUCGUUGUCAUUGUACUCAUGCAUGCACUACAUGAGUGGGUGGGUGAGCUAUCGGCAUUAGGCAUUCGGCAUCUAGCCGGCGGGUCCAAGUCCAAAAAUCUUGCGGCCAUUGCUGA